AUGCCGACCGGGGCAGCCAACGAGGUAGCCCGCAAGGCAGCCAACGAGACAGCCGACGAGGCAGCCAACGAGGCACCCCACCCGGAAGCCAACGGGGCAGCCGACGAGGCAGCCGACCAGGCAGCCAACGAGGCAGCCGACGAGGCAGCCAACCAGCCGCGGUGCUUCGCAAUGCGACACGGCGCCAAGCAUUGCGAGAACGGUUGCGACGAAGGGCGCGUGCACAAGUACUGGCGCGGGCACAUUGAGUCCCCUGCUGGGCACGGACAAGGCGGCUUCGUGAAGAAGCUUGAUGUUGGUUGUCCAGUGUCAGAGAUCUUCAUGGUGAACAAGUCCUUCGGCGUGCAUGCUCAGUGGGCGCAGCGGUGGGCCUGCCGCCUGUGCACGCACAGGGCGUCCUUCCUUGGAGAAGCCCAGAUCCUGCGGGCGUUGGAACCCGAAGUCGCCACGGAGACGUUGGAGCAAUCCUUGGAGUCCGCUUGGGUGCGGUACCAGUUGUGGCAGCGAUCUUCAGCGUGCGAGGGCGCGCGCGUUGCCCUGGCGGCUUCUGUGUUGGAGUUGCCCUUGGAGGACCUUCUGCAGAGCUGCGCUUCCUGGUACCGCCCUCUCAUGAAGGAGCGCCGACUCUGCGCGUGGCGGGCCAGUGGAGAUAGGCUGGACAUCGUCUGCGUUGACGGCAACGCGAAGCUGCACCGGCGUUCGUGCGGCGCGCCGUGCGCCGAGGCCGUGUGCCACGAAGCCCUAGACUUGCACUUGGUGCGUGGUUGCCCUGAGUCGCCUCUGCAGAAGGGGGUGCUCUGCCGCCGCCACCAGGAGCUCGCCGACCGCCCUGCCCUCGCCGGCGACAUUGAAGCACACCGCGUGAGGGCGCCCCUGUCCACUGGUGCAUUUCUUGACGUCGAAGUGCGCCUGGCCGGCUUCGGAAACUGGCAACCAGCUUGCACCGUCCCCGAUUCGACCGUGCAGGCGUAUUUCGCCCGGAACGCCGAGCAGGUCAUCCAAGAGCGCAAGCGCCAGCGUCAAGAGCGCAGGGACUUUCUCCGGCGGCAACCGCGCCUGGUCCUGGGCGACUGGGCUUCUGGGCACGCCAAGGCCAAGUGCUCCUGCAAGACGCACAAGGAGUCCGUCUCGGCCAUCCGCACGGCAAGUCGGUCGGCAGGGUUCCUAGCCGCAGUCUCAGAGAGUGGCGUGGUCGGUGCUCUUGAAGAGGUGAUCACUGCUGAGACGCUGUCCCAGCGCUACUGCUUUUUGGCCGACGUGGCCACUGCUGUUCCAGAGCUCAAGACGCUCGUGCACGACGACGCGUGCCAUGUGCGCUUGUUCGCCAAGGGCAGGGCGGAGGGCGCGCCGCCCGGCAGCUUGGCCGCUCGUCUUGGGCACUUCCGGUACAUCGUCGACCGGCCGCACAGCAAAGGGCACGUCGACGCCACGUGCAGGGCGGAGUGCUUCCCAGACGUGCCCGCGAAUGCUGCCGCCCUGGGUGACUUCCCAACGCCGAUAUGCGAGUCUGUCAACGCGCAGCUCUCGCCCUUGGCCCACACCGUCCACCACAUGAGGCGCUGGGUCUGUGAUUUCAUCGUGGGCGAAUGCGUGGACGUCCACAAUGAGUUGCGCGCCCGGGAAGCAGCGCGCGGGGCUGCCAGGGCGGCCCGGAAAGCGGCCCGGCAAGACCGCGCGCCUGCACCCCGCCUGGUGCCCGCGGGGAUUCCCGCCGCGGGCGCGCCGGCCGCGGGCGCGGCCCCGGGCGCGGCGCCGGCGGCCGCGGGCGCGGCCCCCGAGGCGACACACCCGCCCAUAGUGCGUCGCAAACUCAGGCCGGUGUGGGCGGCUGCCGCCGCUGACGGUGACAAAUUCUUUGAAUGCCAGGCGUUUUACAAAGGGCGCCCUGCGAACCCAAUGGCAUUCGCAUGCCCUGGGGCCCGGGUCAUCUUCGGCACGGAUACCGCCGCCGGAGUCGCGGUCUGCGCGGGGCGUGCGGAGCGCGGCUGCAAUGCCGAUGACGCGCAGCGCCUGGUGCGCGCGGUUCCGGCGCGCCUUCGAGACGAGCUGACCGCGUUUCUCGCCCCAGCUCUCUCGUUCGACGUCCUGCGCAUGAGCGCUGUCUUCGAUCUCCGCCCCUUGAAUUUGACGUGGCCCGCGCUGGAGGAGGCUCUGGGCGCGCAGCCCGUCAAGCAGAAUCAGGGCUUUCCGCGCUUCCGCGGCAGCGAUGUAAACGCGCGUCUGGACGCGCUCUGGCGCUGCUUCCUCGACGCUUUCCUGCGGGGCAUGGCCCCUGCUAGCCGGGCGCCCGAAAUUUCGGCCGCAGAGAUCCAGGCCAUGGCAGACGCCGUGAACGAUUACGUUGACGUGCAUUUCUCGGCGAGCGAGCACUUGCCCGCGGAGCUGCAGAAGUUGGUGCGCCCGCUCGAGGUGGCCACCGGCCAGGGCGCUCUGCCCGUGCUCGCCCUCACGGCGGCCGCGAUGGCUGGCGUCAACAAUGGCGCUAACAUCCAGCUCUGGAGCGCUGAUCCGACGCCGCUCUCCGCCAUGGUGCUGUACGGGGGCGACGCGCAGCAGGGGAAGAGCCGCAUCACCGCGGCGGUCGCGGCCAUGAUUGCUGCUGCCGACGAUGAGAUUGCAGCGGUGGUGCAGGAGCGCCUCGAUUCCGCGGCGCCGCCCGCGGGCGUUCCCCAGCGCGCGUGGGAGGACGCGAAGCCGACGAAGCUCACGGUGAAAACGAUCGGGAUGCAGGAUUUCACCCCCACGGAGCUCUUCGCCCGGUGCUCGGGGGACUGGGAUCAGAUCCAGGAAGUCAAGGAACUUGAUGUACUCUCAGGUUGGGCGCCCCGCGCCUGGUACAGCACGAUGGUGAACCUGGACGAGGCCUACAGCUUCCUUGGCCAGCUCGGCCUCGCCGCCACCGACGCCCGCGGCGGGGCUGCCAGGGGCACCGCGCCGUCCCAACACGCUUCGACGCUGAACACCCUCAUUGGCACGGGCAAGCUUCAGCGUGACACGAGGACCAGUGGGUCGUAUGGCAGCGUUGGGUCCCCUGCCGUCAACGUGGCCAUCAUCGGCAAUUGGCAUUGGAAAAUGUUGAUGGCCGUGGAGAGAGGGCACGUCGGCAACCACGUGGCGGCCACGAAAGAGCGGAGCAUUUACUGCGCCGGCCCGGCCGCCAAGCGCCACGAGCCCCUCCCCGCUGACUUCGAGAUGCCGCGAGAUGAGAACGGGGUCGCUUACCCCCGCUGGACGUGGUUGCCAUUGACGGCAAGAUUGGCGGACAGCUUCGGCUGGAGCCACUACUACCAGGAGCCCGACGAAGCCGAGCGGGACUUGGAGGCUGGGCCCCUGGACGAGGCCGAGGGCGCGGCCCCCCCCGCGGUCCCGGGCUCCGGGACGCAGCUCGCCGCGUCGUUCGUGGGGCCCGAGCAGGGGUACAGCAUCAACCUGCCGGACGGCGUGGAGGUGCGCCUGCGGUAUCGGUACGACGCUGGCACUCUGCAGACGCAGUAUCGGAUUUCUGCGAGGUGGAUGUUGCCAUCGCCGUACACGGCGCUGGUUCCUGGGGUCCGGCGCGUCAUCGGCUUCUUCAAGACCAGGCCGCACUUUACGAUCCCGUUCGAGCCGACGGCGCGCGAACACCUCCUCGGAGCGCAGCUCGAGCAGAGCCUCCUCGCCAGCGCGUCCCGCGGGGAGGAUGGUCCUGGCGAGGCCCAGCACGGGGCGGCGGCUGGCCAGAUUGGGGUCUGGGCAGGCCUUCUGCGCAUCUUGCGCAUGGCAGCCGCCGACGCAGACCCCGAUCCAGCGACGUUCGCCAUCACCACGGACGAUGUGGACUUGAGCACGCGCAUCGUGCAGAUCAGUCUGCAGAUCAAGAAGCUCGCGCGCCAGACCGCUGACCUGGUCGGCCCGCCGGACGACCAGCGCGACGCCGCGGGUGCCGUGCGACGCCCCGUUCGCGGGGAUUACGACCGCCGCCGUUUCGCGCCCGCUUACUUGUCGCAGGCAGGCGGCGAGGGCGGCGUCGGGGGGAGUCCGGCCGCGGCCGCGGAAAUUGCGGACGCCGCGGGGGCUGCUGGCGGCGGUGCCGCGGAGGCGCCCGCGGAGCUAUCGCCCGAGGCAGAAGCGGCGGCGCCGGGGGACGCCGCUGGCCACGCCGCGGCGGAGGAGGCCGCUCCGACCGCCGUGCCCUCGGACCAGGCCGACAUCGGCUCGCUUGCGCCUCCCGCCGCCGCCGGCCAGGCCGCGGCGGUUGCGCUGCCGGCCGCGGCGAGCGCGGCGCCCCCCGGCCGGGCCGAGGGGGCGCCUGCGGUCUCCCAGUGGAUGGACCUGGCGGACCUGGAGCCCAUGGAGGCGUUCUUCAAGGUGGGCAUGGGAGAGAACGGUGCCAUGUUGAUUCGCCCGGACGAGGACGGCAAGACCAUCAUCACCGACAGGCACUACGUGCAGCGCUUGUUCCUGCUGGGUGCCGACUCUCUCACCGUGCCCCAGAUAGCGGAGCGCCUGCGCGUCCAUUUGCCCGACCCGCCCGCGCCGCCCGCGCCGCGCGGCGGCGCCGCCAGCCGCGGGGGCACGGUCAAGAAGACCAAGAACCGAUGGUGCGUGCCGACGGCCGAGCUCCGCUCUUUGAUGCUCGCAUUGGCCGCGGAUUUCCCAAGGAUCUGCACUUUCGUCAACGACGUCGUGGCAUUUCGGGAUUUUCCCGAGGAGGUCGAGGGGCAGGUCAAAAUGCACGCCCAGUUCAUGAAGUGCGCGGGGGUUACGCUCCACGAGGUGUCGGAGGCGCGGGUGCAGUUCCUGAAGAAUCAGGGAAGCGCCGAGGGGCGCAGAAGGCUGCUGCAGCGCGUUGCAGUGCGAGCGGGCCAGCAGGUGAAGUUGCGCAAACACCUCAAGUUGAUGGACGUCUACGGCUGGCUCGGAGGCGAUUCGAUUCUUAUAGGUGAGGAGAUCCCGCGGACGUUGCCUACGCGACUGACGACGUCUCCAGAGAUCCACGAGCUGGUGAAGAUCUACUUCCAGAAGCCGAAGGUGAAGGAUUCUCAAUUCGAGGGCGAGGAGGCUGAGUCUACCAUGACAAAGGUUGCUGGCCACUGGGUCAAAGGUUCGGGUUCCAAGGAGCCCUUGAAGCACUACACGCCGACCAUGUGCGCGGCGAUUGCCGACAUCGUUACCUUCGCGAAGGAGAUCAAGGUGGUGCCAGUGGUCGACGUGUCCGAUGAGGUAUGA